CGAGGGCUAUAACAACCAACAUCUAUUCUUAUCGACGGCCUUACUUGUUUCUAGAAACCGAUACUGAGGAAGACUUCCCUAAGGAUGAAACAGGUGCUCGCGGAUGAGACCGAGGAUGUGUCUCUGGAUUUCGGUGCUGAAGAGGAGGAACGUGCGCGACGAGGAGCUAAAAUAAGGCAUCCACUGGCAACCUUUUUUCACCUGUUUUUCCGAGUUAGUGCCAUCAUCACGUAUUUGUUCUGUGAUUGGUUCACCCGGAGUUUUGUCACAUGCUUCGUCAUAGUCAUCGUCCUGCUCUCCUGUGACUUCUGGUCUGUGAAGAACGUGACAGGUAGGCUGCUGGUUGGUCUGCGCUGGUGGAAUCAGAUUGAUGAGGAUGGGCGGAGCCACUGGAUGUUUGAGGCGAAGAAGGGGAGCAGCAGCAGUGGAACUGAGGAGGAGGCAUGUAUUUUCUGGUUGGGGCUGAUCAUCUGUCCUCUUAUAUGGACUACGUUCUUCUUCACUACACUUUUUACCCUUAGGAUCAAAUGGCUGGCUCUUGUGGUAGCUGGUAUUUCUCUCCAGGUGGCUAAUCUCUAUGGCUACAUACGCUGUAAAACAGUCGGGCAGGACACACAGUCGAAAUGUGCAACUCAACUUCUGGGACAGCAAUUCCUUCAAAGGCCUGAUAUCAUAUUUGGAAUGCUGUGACAGAAGAUGUACACUGGGAAAUGGUGUGUGUGUGUGUGUGUGUGUGUCUG